AUGGAAGAAUGUGAUUUUGCUUCUAGAAUAUUAGAGGAAUUUGAUAGUGAUGACUGUUUGAUGAUUGAAAACUUAUUAGGUUUACGAUCUGAGUCUUUGGCAAAUCAAUUUAAAAGUGACGCUUCUGCUGUACUUCAUUCAAAUAAUCGACAAUAUGGUCCUAUUACAGAGACAAUAACAAUCAAUAAUCACGAGGUUGCUGCUGCUACAAGUGCUUCUGAUGAUGUUCUUCAUUCAAAGAAUCGACAGUGUGCUACUGCUUCGGAGACAAUAAUAGAAAAUAAUCAUGAGGUUGUUGCUGGUACAAGUGUUGCUAAAAUUGAUGCUUCUGAUGAUGUUCUUCAUUCAAAGAAUCAACACUAUGCUUUUGCUUCGGAAACAAUAACGAGAUUCAACAAUUCUAAUGUAAAGAAUAAUGAGACGAGUAAUGAGGAAUUCAAGAAUCCUGACGUUAAGAAUAAGAAGAUAACUGCUGAGGAUGCUGUUGGUGGAAGUGUUUGCAAAAUAACAUUUAAAAUAAAACGAAGCGAUCCAUCGCUGAAAUUUGUUUAUGGAAAUUCUAAUACAAAGAAUGACGAGACAGCUACCGAAAAAUUCAACAAUUCUGGACUAAAGAAUAAUGAGACAAGUACUAAGGAAUUCAAGAAUUCUUAUGUAAAGAACAACGAGACGACUGCCGAGGAACUCAACAAUCCUAAUACAAAGAAUAACGAGACAACUGCUGGGGAAUCGUUGUUUGACGAGAGUUCCAACACAAAAGUCAAGAAAAGAAAGGCAAAUAAGAAAAAAUCAAGUGAGCCUUCAAAUAAACAAAAGAAGAAAAUCAAUACCAAUGGAAGGAUUAGUCCCCAUCCGGAAGUAAACGAACCUGGACUUCCUUUGGAAUUUAAAGAAAAGAUUGAACAAAUGGGAGGCGUUGAGGUCAAGUUGGUGAUUCAGAAGGAACUAACAAACAGUGAUGUGACGCAAGACCAGGGUCGUCUCUCCAUCCAAAAGGAAGAGUUAAAGAGAGUUUUUUGA